CCAAGCUCUCUACAACAAACAACAGUUCGCGCUUAGCCACCGAACCGCUAACAUCACGACUGCUGUUCGUUUCGUGGACAAUUAUAUAUAUACAUAUAUAACAAAAAGACAUAAUUUCAAGAGUUCUCAGAACAACAAGAAGCCAGAAAAUGAGUCACAAAAUCGUCGCUGUGUGCCUCCUGAUGAGCUGCCUGAUUGCCUCCGCUUAUAGUGCUGCAAAGGUCCCUAUUGCCAUCUACUACGAAUCCCUGUGUCCGGACAGUGCCAAGUUCAUUACGGAGCAGGUUUACCCGGCAGUUAAAGGAGAGCUUCGUGAUGUGGUGGAACUCACCUUCGUGCCAUUCGGAAAGUCAACAUUCGUCACUCAGGGCUCCGAGGUGACGUUUACCUGCCAUCAUGGACCGAAUGAGUGCUAUGGAAACAAGGUACACGCCUGUGCCAUCGAACACAUUCAGGCCAACUCCUACCAGGUGGAGUACACCCGCGAGUCCCUGACGAUUGACUUCAUCAACUGUCUAAUGAAGGCGGGCAAGAACUUCCCCGACAACGUCUAUCCCGGCCAGCGAUGUGCAACGGAAAACCACAUCAACAACUGGGAGAACAUCAAGAGCUGCGCUAACUCCACCGAGGGAAGUGUCCUGCUUAAGAAGGCUGGUGAAGCCACCCAGCGACUCCAGGAGCCACUGACCAGCGUGCCCACCAUUCUGUUCAAUGAGCAAUUUGACAAGCAGGUUAAUGAUCGCGCCCAGACAAACUUCGCUGGCACCAUCUGCAAAUACGUAUCCGCCCCUCAGCCUCGCAUCUGCAACCAGCACAAUGGAGCCAACACUCCUUCCUUGGCCAGCGUAAGCGCCAUCCUUAGCUCCUUGAUCGGUCUUUGGUUUAUCCGCUCCUUCUACUAAGCUAAGCUAAGCUUAACAACUGUCCACUGUCUUCGAUUUCUCCACAUAACUCUUCCAACUCAGCUCAGACCUCUGGCAAUCGGGAAUCUCAACACUUUAUGCUAUGUUUUACUCUUGAAUUUUUUAUUGGUUUUGUUUUUAGGCCAAUUGAAACGCAAGCCGUCCAAUAAUCCAGCUCGAUUAUGUGUAUAAGAAAUCAAAUUAGUUUUCCAAGAGCUGUUCAGUAUGUAACAAUUUAAUAAAAUUAAAAACAAAAACAUAA